CCGCCUCGUUCUAAUCCACACGAGGAGAGGACGAGCACGACUCCAACCGGAACGCGCGAGCCUCAGCGACCGAGAGCGCACACGGACACGAAGCUCUUCCCUCCGCCAGUGCCAUCCCGCCGCCGUCGCGUGGCGGAGGAGGGCCUACCCUCUACUACAUGGCGCCCGUCUCCACCGCGCCUCGCGCGCCGCUCCCCGCGGCCGCGGCUUCCUCUCCCUGUGCGCGGCAGCUGGACCCGAACCCUAGCGGCAGCCGGUUCCUCACCACGCGGCGCCUCCGCGUCGUCCGCCACCUCGCCGGCGCGUCCCCGUCGCGCGGAGUGUCGGCCGUGCGGUGCGCCGCGCGCAGCUCCGAUGCGGACGAGGGCGGCGGGCAGCGGCGCUGGGGCUGGGAGGCGAUGCUCCACGACGUUUUCCAGGGUGCCGUGCGGCGGUGGAGCGAGUACGUCAGCAACUACUGGCCCUCGCCGCUCGCAGCGAAGGAGGCGGGUCUGGGAAAGAGGGUUGAGAGUUCUCACGAAGAGGAGGUGAUGAUUGGGGAUGAAGAAGAGGAGAGGGAGGUGGAGGAGGAAGAGGGAAAGUGGAGCUGGGAGAGGUGGAAGCGGCACUUUGCUCUGAUUGAGGAGAGCGAGCGUCUCGUUGACGAGCUACAGCUGCAACUCCGGGCUGCUGUUUAUAGAGAAGACUAUAGGAGUGCUCAUAAAUUGAGGUUGGCUAUUGCCGCUACAGCAAAAAACGACGCUGUGGGCAGAGCUAUUUCUGACUUAAAUAGGGCCAUAGAAGAGGAGCGCUACAGGGACGCAGCAUAUAUCAGAGAUCAUGCUGGUGCAGGACUGGUGGGAUGGUGGUCUGGAAUUUCCGGAAAUUCGUCUGAUCCAUAUGGUCUUAUUAUUCAUAUAGGUGCUGAACAUGGUCGAUAUGUGGCAAGAAGUUAUGAUACAAGACAGCUGGCUUCAGACGGCCCUGGUUUCCCUAUUUUUGAAAUAUACUUUGCAGAGGCAAAUGGUGGAUACAACCUGCAGGCGGUGCAUCUGAAACCAGAUGAAAAUGAUUCUGACCAAUUGCCAAGCAUGUUAAGAGAGAAACUUGGCAUCGACAGUAUAAACAUAUCUAGCAGUUCAGUAGGGUCUAAGCACGAAGAAUUCGAUGGAGGUGUAAAAAUGGAUGAUGAAGAUAGUGACGAUAACAAUAUUGCUGCUGACCCAGCUGGUUUGAAAAACUUGUCAAGCGAUUCAACUGCAGUUCCCAGGAUUAAAAUCUUGAAAGUGGUACCCAUGGAAAAUGUCAACCAAGACUACAUAAUCAAUAUUUUUGAUCAGAUUUCAGAGGAAGAUGAUGACAAUGAUGAUCCUGAGGUCGAAAAUGAAUCUUCACAGGAUAUUGGUGAUGAGGAUAACAGUGAAGGAGCAGAAAUAGUUUCUGCAGAAGAGAAUGGUGAUGAAUCUGGCGAUGAUAAUGAUAUUGAAACCUUGAUUUCUAUUGAUUUUGUCAGUGAGAAUAGCAACGAUUAUGCUUCUCAUUCAUCAGCUGAAGCUUUUGAACGAAUGCCGGCUAGAUUAGAAAAAAGAGACCGCUUCUCAUUUUCCUUCUAUACUGAACAAUACAGUAAAAAACAAGAUUCCAAAAAGGCCCAGCAGACUUCGAAAAAAACAGUUGGUUUGCGUACCAGUCAGCAGGAUGAUGAUGGUUUUGUCCAACUUGAUCGAGUAAAAUUGAGUGGCAGCAACAAGAAACUAUCGAUACUACAACUUGGCAUCAAGCAACAUAAUAACAAGAUUCAGAAAAAACUGCAUGGAGUUACCCACUUCAGCCGUAUUCAGAUGACUAUAUCUUCAGAUCCUCUUACCGGCUUAUAUGUGACUGCAUCAGGAUUUGACUCAGAAAUUCUUAGUUUGCAACGAAAAUUUGGUCAAUGGCGGGAGGAUAAUUCGUCUGAGGAGCACAGGGAUCUACUAUUCUACGAGUAUGUUGAAGCUGUAAAAUUAACAGGGGACAACCUUGUGCCAGCCGGUCAGGUUGUCUUUCGUGCAAAAGUUGGCGAACGCUAUCAGCUUCCUCAUAAGGGAAUCAUCCCUAGAGAACUCGGAGUGGUUGCUAGGUACAAAGGGCAAAGGAAAAUUGCAGAUCCUGGUUUCCAAAACCCCCGGUGGGUUGAUGGGGAGCUUUUGAUACUAGAUGGGAAGUUCAUCAGAGAUGGUCCUGUCAUAGCUUUCUUUUACUGGACAUCAAAUUUUCAUCUUUUCGAAUUCUUUAGGCAGUUGAGGCUUCCUGACUAGUUCCCCUCUAAGAGAAGAAGUUAAAGGUCAUUCCGAUCUCGCGUGACUAUGUACAUAGUUGCCUUUGGAGCCAACUGGAGUCUUGCCUGCCAUUACAUUUCCCAAGUACGGGGUUCAAUGUGGAUAACACCGGCCGUAUGUUGCGCGAGUUAAGUGGCAUCUCCAUUGACUCUGAAAACAUGCCAUGAGGGUGAAGAGAGCUCAUAAUAUCAUGCUGCCAACAUGGGUGAGCCGUGGGCACUAUCAUAUACUUAUUCCACUUCCACUUUGCUCUUCAACCUGGUUAACGACUCGAGGCCAAGGCAUUUCAACCGGGUUUGCCGCAUAAAAAACGUCCCAUAGUCCUCUGUUUCUCAGGACAAUUAGAAUUAAAGCACUUAAAGGUACAGUUAUGUAGCCGCAACCAGCAUUUAACAGUUUUGAGCGCAUCUUGAUAGUUUUCAUACAGGAACAGUUGUAUGUGAAAUAUGAGCAACAGCUUUCAAAUAAUCGAGCUGCAAACAGUGGCCAUCAUAUUUGUACAUAUAGUUUCAACCAGCAGCAGAGGCGUAGAUUGAUGUGCAUAUGCAGCUCAACACAUUUUAUAAUGUAUUGAAGUUCGUUUAACUA